UGAAAAUGUCAUAAUUUUUCACUUUUAACGAGUGUCUAAAAAGAUACCCACGAAAAGAUUAUACUGAUUAAUAUUAUUAUUUAUGUGUGUUUCUAGUAAGUUGGAUAUAAUGUGUGUUAAACAAAGAGUCAAAGAUACCACAUGCUUUGGAUUUAUCUGUAAAAAAAUAGAAGAGUAAAAAAAUACCAACUUGGUAUCCUGAAAAAUCGUUAGUAUUAGUAUUACGAGUCUACGACUACAAGAUAAUCACUCAAUCUUCUAAAAAGGAACAUUUGGUAAGGCAAUACACACCAAUUACUGUGUAAAUGAUUUUGGAAAAUAAAUCUACUAAAUAGUAAAACGUAAUUGUUCCAGGCAGGCGAUUAGGAUAAGGAAAUUGACUAAUUACCAUAUUUGUGUUUUUUGAGGAAAAGGCAAUUGACCCAACACCCUGUUAAAAGAAAAAUUCGACGCACCGUCGUUUUCUCCCUACAUUUGUUUAUUACAUUACUGAUUUCUUACGAGAAUAAUAUCAAUUAUGUAUAGUAAUAAUAAUCUAAAAAAUGAUACAUAAAGUAAUAAUAUAAUGGAGAGACGGGAGUGGGCAGUAUAUAAAGCCGUGGUGGUGGUAUUGGAUUGGAGCGAAUGAGUGUCGGCUCUUGGGUUCUCUGCAUUCCUCCCUCCUAAAAACAAAACCACCAAUCAAACAAAAGAACCCAAGCUGCUUGCUUCUGAUCUCCUUCGAGGGAGGAAACCAUAGAAAGGCCCGGCUUUUCCUUUCUAUUGUGCCCUCCUCUCCUCCGCUGGCUGCUCAAUGCCACCAAGCUAGCUGAGCAAUCUUAAGAAGAUAGAGCUCUCUCCCUCCAGCUGCUGCAACUCUGAACUGGGUUUCUCCUUUUGCCUUGCCGUUCUCCUUCCCCUGUCUCAAGAUUCCUUCUUUUUCUUUCAGUCCAGGGUAACUCGAAUUGCUUGCUUUUGCUCUACUACCCUUUUCUCCUUUCUCCCCACUUGCAUUGCUUUUAUCUCUAUAGAAAAGUUCUGUUUCUCUUUUCAGUUUGCUUUGGGUGGAAGAAUUUUUUGGGUGUGUGCGUGUUUUUGGGGAUGGGGACUGUUCAUUGAGCGGUGAGCAAUAUCAGAAAGAAACAGAUGGGUUUGGAGGGAAAAAAGUGGGGAACUUUUUUGGGGAUGUUUGGCAAUGGGAAUGUGAUUACAUUUGUCGAAAAAAGAAGGGGAAAAAACCCCAUCAUGUGAUUACAUCAGGGUAUCUAAUCUCCAAAGCUGCUUUGCCUAAACAAUAUAAUCAUGGAUCUAUAAACACUUGGCUGACUACCUGUAUUUAUUUUAUUUUAUAUUCCCUGGGUGGGUUCUCUGUGGUUGCUACAAUUGAUUUCUCUUUUUUGGGUUCCUGCUCUCUCGUAUUCUCUAGUUUUUAAUGAUUGUUUCACAGCUUAGCAUCGGUGAAAGCACAUUUAUGUUGUCAGUGGACUAUGUUUCUCCUUUGAUGUAAGCACAAAAAAAUAAAGAACUAAAAUGUUCCUUCUUCACACAGUUAGUAAUGUUUUGUUCCUCCCCCUUUCUUCUUCCUCAUGUGCAGAAUGGCAGAGACCAGAUUGCUAGCAGCAGGCAAAUGUUUGCUUCUCUUUGUAUGUCUGGUUUUGCUGUCUGUGACCAGAACCGACGGCCUGUAUGCUCCAAUUACAUAUGUCACCAGUGGCGUGUCCAAAGGAGCUGUUUGCUUGGAUGGAAGCCCACCAGCAUACAAUUUCGAUAAAGGGUAUGGAACGGGGAUUAAUAAUUGGUUAGUUCAACUUGAGGGAGGAGGAUGGUGCAACAAUGUCACUUCGUGCCUUGCUCGUAAGAAUACGCGUCUUGGUUCGUCUAAGCAAAUGGGCAACCAGCUUGCUUUCUCAGGAAUCAUGAGCAAUAGGCGUGAAUUUAAUCCAGAUUUCUACAACUGGAACAGAGUUAAGAUUAGAUACUGUGAUGGGUCUUCUUUCACUGGCGAUGUAGAAGCAGUGGAUCCUGCUACUAAUCUUCACUUCAGAGGAGCAAGGGUUUGGCUUGCUGUUAUAGAAGAACUCCUUGCCAAAGGAAUGAGAAAUGCUGAAAAUGCUCUUCUGUCGGGCUGCUCAGCUGGCGGAUUGGCCACCAUUAUGCACUGCGACAGCUUCAGAGCUCUGCUGCCUAUGGGUACUAAAGUAAAAUGCCUUUCAGAUGCUGGUUAUUUUAUCAAUGUGAAGGAUAUUGCAGGAGCGGCUCACAUUCAAGCCUAUUUCAGCCAAGUAGUUUCAUUACAUGGAUCUGCAAAGAACUUGCCUUUGUCUUGCACUGGAAGUUUGUCACCAUCACUGUGUUUCUUCCCUCAGAAUGUAAUACAGCAAGUGCGAACGCCAGUUUUUCUUCUGAAUGCUGCAUAUGAUUAUUGGCAGAUAAGAAACAUCUUGGCACCGGCUGAUGCUGAUCCAAGUGGCUCCUGGAAUGCCUGCAAGCUUGACAUCAGCAACUGCUCACCUCUUCAGAUCAAAACAAUGCAAGCAUUCAGGAUGCAGUUCUUGAAGACAUUAAUGUCCAAAUCAGGCAAUUCAACAGCUAGGGGCCUAUACAUAGACUCCUGCUACGCACAUUGCCAAACAGAGUUUCAGGAAACCUGGUACAUGGCUGAUUCACCUGUUCUUGGCAGAACGAAAAUAGCAACUGCAGUUGGAGAAUGGUUUUUUGACAGGAGCCCAUUCGCGAAGAUCGAUUGCCCUUACCCUUGCAAUCCAACUUGCCACAAUACUGCUAGUGGCGGCGGCGGUGGAACAAGUCCAGAGCAGCCCGAUAAGGGAUCCGCCGCCACAGUUGCAGCAGCAGCGAGAUUGCCUUUGUUGUUGGCAUUGAUCUCCAUUUGGGCAAUCAUGAACCUGCUGUGAUGCUGCGAGGGUCUCCUGAUUGCUCAGCAGCCGAGAUUCUCUGUUGCUUCGUUACGAUGGAAGAAUCUGCAAAGUGUAGAGAUUGUUAUUCCGCAAGAUCAGAUGGAGAACAGCAGUGCAAUUACAGGGUUUUUAGUUUUGUUUUUGCAUAUAUGGUGCUAAAGACAUAGUCACACAGGAAGCUUUUACACGACAGGGAGGAACGCGUACACAGCUAGAUCCAGCUGAAGUAUAGGUGCAUGUAUAUUACACAGUCACAGAUCCAUAUAGGCAUAGGAAGGAACGCGUACACAGGUAGUAUUGUACAGAUUGGUUUGUUCUGUUUUGGUUUUGGACAGACAGAUGUACCCACCGACAAUGGUGGACUUUUGUUUUGUGCAUUGAUUAGUCGGUCCCAUACUACUGAUUAUAAAACUUUGGGGACCAAUGCAUGUAUUUAUCCUUAAUCUAUCAUCAUUUUACCACUUUCUCAUGGGAUUUUUUCUUGACAGAUGCAAUCGUUUUUUUGUUUGGUUUGGACUUAAAACAAAUGAAGAAUCGGUGAUGAGCCAUGUGUAAACCUCCAAGUAUCCUACUGAGUUAGUCGUUAAUGCAUGCACCUAUUUGAUUAUUGUAACUAGAUCAUCAUCUGAUGUAAAGUACUAAACAUAUUUACAUCAGAGAUAUCCAUCCUUCCUGUCUUGUUCUUCCGCAUCCUUGUUUGCUGCUUCCACAGAUUUGUACCACAACUCCACAAGAAUGCCUGCGGUUUCCGUUCAACAAAGCAAUAAGCACACAAAAACUACAGCGCAAAAGAGAGACAGAGACCCGAAGAUGACAAAAAAGAGAAGCAAUAAGCAGUUAAGCACACACUACUACUAUACGUAAAUGGCCAACUAUAAUACUCUUCAUUCCGCCAUUGUGCCUCUGCUCUGCUCGCAACAUUAUUAUCCAUCUCUGUGGCCCGUAUAUCAAAUAAUGGGCCGGAUGGCCCAACGUGAACUUUUACGGUCCUAAAGUUUGAGUAGCCCGUUACUAAGGCCCACCUACACAAUGUAAGCCAUCUCAAGGCAAGCGGAAACAGAUAUAACACCAACUUCCAACGACUCUUCGAUCAUGGAGCAAGUCACCGUCGGUGUAAUACGACCAUCACCGGCCAUCGUAUAUCGUCGACGUACACAUCCUUUGCCAAAGUGCUGGAAAUGCUGCAGCACCGUGAUAAAUAAUAUGUACAGGUAAAUAAAUGUUAAUGGUCGGUGGAUGAAAAAAAAAAGGCAGUUCGGGAUAGGACGCCGGCAUUUAGUUGGGAUCCAACUAACCCAGCCGUGACCUACUUUCCGAUUCGGUCAAGACUGUAGAGAACAGUGCCCAUUCCACAACUUCCCCAGUCCUCAUCUGUCCAAUUGAAUUCUCUGACACUGCUGUUUUCUCCCGUUCACGUACAGUGAAUUUUCGAAUCUUUUCAUUUGGUUGUGUAUUUGGUGGUAUAUCACUUGAUAUAACUUUUAACCCUAAAAAUGCCUCAACAAACACCAAUUCGAAGA